AUGGCAGCCGUAGACCCUGGCACCCGGAAGAAGGUGUUGAAGGUCAUCUUCCUGUCCUUGCUACUUGAUCUGAUAUCCUUUACCUUUAUCCUCCCCCUCUUUCCCAAGCUCCUCGAAUUCUACCGCAACAGCGAAGCCAGCUCCCCAGCGCAAUCGACAAUCUUGGCGCGCAUACUCGGCUAUCUCAACGCCUACAAGCAGGCCUUCGCGAAACCGAUCGAUUCGAGAUAUGACAUCGUUUUGCUAGGAGGGGCGCUCGGCAGUCUGUUUUCUCUGCUCCAGGCGGUCGCAUCGCCUGUCAUCGGACACCUAUCGGACAAGUAUGGGAGGCGAAGGGCGCUCUUGACCAGCAUGGCGGGUAACAUCCUCUCCGUACUUCUAUGGGUCGUGGCCGUGGAUUUCCGGACUUUCCUUGCCUCGCGCAUUGUAGGCGGCUUAUCCGAAGGCAACGUACAGCUUGCGACUGCGAUUGCAUCCGACAUCUCCGACGAGGGUAGCCGUGGUUCUACCAUGGCCUUGAUCGGCGCCUGUUUCUCGAUCGCCUUCACUUUCGGGCCUGCGUUGGGCGCGUUCCUGAGCUCUAUUGCUACCGUGGCCGCUAACCCUUUCGCGACUGCUGCCGGCGUCUCUCUGUUCCUCAUUGUGACGGAAACGGUUUACCUCUAUGUGGCCCUCCCCGAGACGCUGCCAAGUAAGACUGCCAAGGGGAACGCAGCGAAAGCCGCGGUCAAGGCCCAACCUCUACAGCGCACCAAUUCCCAUUUGAUGCUGAACGCAUCGCAUUUCGUUUUCCUGUUGUUCUUCUCGGGCAUGGAGUUUUCUCUCCCGUUCAUGACGUACGACAUGUUUCAGUUCACUUCCGCGGCAAAUGGAAGACUGCUCGGAUAUGUUGGUCUCAUCGCUUCUAUCUUGCAAGGCGGCGUGACUCGCCACUUGCCGCCGCUUCUGUCUGUGCGAGUUGGCGUUGUAUCCUGCCUGCUCGCAUUCAGCUUGCUCUGCACCGUCGGUUCAGUCAGCCAUCUCUAUUUGGCUGCCACCUUCUUGGCUACGACGUCAGCUACCGUCGUGAGCGGGCUCAACACAUUGAGCAGCCUGGAGGCAAGCUCAGACGAGCGUGGUGGCAAGCUUGGUAUUUUGAGGAGCUAUGGCCAACUUGGAAGAGGUUUGGGGCCCCUACUUUUCACGAGCAUCUACUGGUGGGCAGGCAGAAAUGCUGCCUACUCAUUUGGUGCUCUGGGAAUGGCUGCGGUAACCGGCAUGGUGUUCCUGGGUUUGGAGUCGCCCCCGGAGCCAGAGGAAAUUGCUGCAGUGUCUCAUAAGAAGGAGCUGUAA